AUGAUUCAGCAAAGCCUCGUUUUUCAUUACACAUCUUACGAUGACGGUGUCACAUACUACGAAGCAAAUCAGCACGCUGCAUAUUACCUCACUCGAUCCGGCAAGGUUCUGGAAUUUAUUGAAGGUCGAUUGGGGCAAUAUGCGGCCACGCUCAUGUCGGCUAUUAUGUACUUAGGGCAUGCUUCCGUUAGCCACCUCGAGACGUUGCCAGAGCUUAGACCCGAACCACCACAGACAAACGGCAUCAAUGGGGAGCAUAAGCACGAGCAAGACGAGGUAAACGGGGAACACGAAGACCAACCAAAUGGCAUAAACGGUGAACACGCUUUGUCAGAGCAGCCCUAUCUUCUCCACCCAACCCUCAAGACUCUGGCAGCCCAUGGAUACAUACUUCGUGCCAGAGAAGCACACUUCCAGAGCUACACGGACACCGUCUUAGAUGCGGAGCGAGUAGUCACUUCAAGGCCAGAUGUAAAAUCGAUGAAAGGGAAGAAGCUCGAAGAAACGGUUAUCGAGAAGACGUUAGAAAUAGUCAAGGAAAAAACCGAUGGUGACCUUAGUCAUGGUUUGAAAUACAAUGGCAUUCCUCGGGGCGCGAAACGAGGGCGCGGCGCAGCUCAGUCCAACAAGCCUAUCAAGAAGGCGCAGAUGGAACAAGCCGAUGCCGAUGAGGAUGACGAGGAAGAUGAAGAGGAAAACGAAUGGUCAGAUGAUGAAAUGGGCAACGAUACUGUUCCUAUGGAGUCAAGCUUGGUCAUUCGGGUCAACUAUGAAAAACUCGAUGUUGUGCUACGACACUGCCGUUUCAUCGGACUCGCAGAGCAAGAUUCAUCGCCUGUCACUGCAGAGGUAUACGAAUCUCUGCUUCGACGAAUUGAAUAUCAGACCCCGCGCUGUCGAGAUACAGUCGAGAUCCCUCGCGAAGGCGAAGAAGGAGAGCAAUAUUCUGUUCCAAUUCCGCUCAGUGCAAUCGCGGAGGAUGUCGACCAGCAACUUGAUCUUUCAGGCUCUAUUGGCCCUAUGGAUAUAUCGCAGCCUUUCAGUCGACGCGGCAAACGUCCAUUGGAAGAUGGUGUCAACGGAAACAGUGACGAAGGGACCAAUGGGUUAUCAUCUGGUGCCAGUCGCACAUACGAAUUGGACCAACACCUUUGCCUUCUGGCGCAACCACCCCACAACUUAACUUCAAAACGCAUAGUUGGAGGUUUGAUCACCUGGACGGUCGAAUACCGGUAUGUAGCGCGUACAUUGCGCCAUCUCGAGCUGGAAAAGAUGAUCGAGGCUCGAUACGGCGAUGUGGCUUUACGGGUUGUCCGCGUUCUACACGCCAAGGGCAAGCUGGAUGAGAAGCGGCUACAGGAGAUAAGCCUAUUACCUUUCAAGGACCUACGCCAGGUUCUCGCUAGCAUGCAGACGGGUGGAUAUGUCGACCUACAGGAAGUACCCCGGGAUGCGCAACGGCAGCCAUCACGAACAAUCUUCCUUUGGUUCUACGACCCGGACCGAGUCGCCAGCAGUGUCUUGGAGGACGUAUACAAGGCUAUGUCCCGGUGCCUACAGCGCCUCAAAUUCGAGCGCAGCCGACUCAGAGAAUUCCUUGAGAAGACGGAACGGAGUGAUGUUAAGGGCAACGAGGAACAAUAUCUAUCGGAGGGAGAACUGAAGAUGUUGGAACAAUGGAAGGCCAAGGAAGCACUACUGUUUGGCGAGGUGUCCCGGUUGGACAACAUGGUUGCCGUGUUUAGGGACUACUGA